AUGCUGAGGUCUUCAUAUCCUUGCAUCUUUCCUGACUACCCUUUCCUUUCAUUACCUUCCCCCUCUUCUGUACUAACCUUUGGGCAGCAACAGCAGCUGCUGAGGCCAUCUCUUCUGAGACCUGAGGAACUCUCAGUGGAGUCCGGUAUCGACCCGGGUCAGGAUUACUACUCACAGGACUACUAUAAUUAUGAUCAAGGGUACAACUUCCCCCAGUAUGGCAGCCGAAGAAGGCUGAUACCUCCCAUGUAUGAUGAAUAUGGAGAAGUUAUCAUGGAGGAUGAUGGGUAUUACUACGCUGGCCCUGAGGGCCGAGGCAGAGGUCGUGGUGGCAUGAGAGGUAGAGGUGCACCGAAGAGGGUUGCUUUUAGGGACAUGCCGCCAGAGGAGGAAAUUGAACAAGCUGAGCCAGCACAAGAAGGUGAGCCUUCCAAGGCCGCCAAGAAACUGAAGUCUGUCAUGAAACUCAGCAAAUUCCUGGCUGCAAGCAAGGGAGGAGAGCCACCAUCUGACGCUGGUCCUUCUGGAUUAUCUCCGUGGAAUAAAGCCAAGAUGCUCAAGAUGUUUGGCGCUGGUAAGAAGGACAAGGAUUAUGCUAAACUGAUGUCAGCUCGUCGCAUUGACAGCCAGGAGAGUCUCACUGACAGCCCAGCAGCUAUGGGUCCAAUAGACAGCAAGUCCGAUGCUCGUAGCCGGCUUAGCAAAGUUUUAAAGAGAAUUAACAUCAGCAACAAGUUGCGGCUCAGGAGGAAGUCACAGGGCAGCGUGAGUCAGAGCUCAGUCGCAGAGAGCGAGAGAGAUGAGGAGACCUCACAAGCAGCCAGUGAAGAUGAAAGGAAAUCUAAAGUGUCUAUUAGUGUGACUGAGAGUGAGCCUGAAGAACGUGCAAGUGAGGAGAGAGAUUCUGAUGAGGAAGCUUCAGAGAAAAGCAGCGUUGACAAAGAUCAUCUCGUAGUCGAUUUAGACAGGGAUGAUACAAACGAGAGCACCGUAGACUCAGAGGAAGAGCCCGAUGAACCCGAGGAUUCUGACGAGGAAAGUAAGUCCAAAUCUGAGGAGGAGGAAACAGAGAAGGGGUCAGUCAGUGAGAAGGAAUCAGGUACAGAGGGCGAGUCCGACUCAGAGAAGGACUCAGACUCAGAGAAAGAAUCGGUCACAGAAAAGGAGUCAGAAACUGAGAAAGAGUCAGACUCCGAAGAAGAGUCCAGAUCUGAGAAGGAAACAGAAUCAGGAACAGGGACAGCAACGGAAAAAGAGUCAGAAACAGAGAAAGACUCUGAUGAAGAGUCUGAGGAGGAAGAAACUACAGAGAGCUCUAGAGAAAGCGGCUCCUCUGCACGUUCUUCUGUCAGAUCAUCAGCCACUGAAGCCAGCAGGGGGAGCAGUGUCUCUGGUUCUGGUGGUAGUGUCAGUGGGACUGGCAGCAGAAGUAAGAGCGGUAGCAUUAGCAGUGCUGCAUCCCUAUCUGGCUCCAGCGUUAGAUCAUCGCAGAGAACCAGAUCGUCACAAUUGACCUCCGGGAAGUCCAGCGAAGAUCAGAGCGAGGCUGAGUCAGGAACCGGGACAGCCAGCGACGCAGAGUCAGUGUCAGGAAGUGAACGUUCUUCAUCUCGUGGGUCCAGCAAGAAAACACAGUCAGGUUCAGAGAGAAGCGAGAGGUCCUCGACUCGUAGUCAGGUGACAGACCAGAGCGAAGGGAGUUCAGCAGGUUCCCGGUCCACCAACUGGAGUCGGCAAUCCAGAAAGUCACUCCUGAGCCGUGGCUCAGAGGGAACAAUCACAGAGGAAAGUGAAGAAGAGGAGGAGGAGGAGGAAGAAUCUGAAUCAACUCAUGAAAGCAAAGACUCUGCCAGCGAGAUGAGUGAUGACUCAUUAUCCAGGAGGUCCAGUGUGGCGUCUGGAGACCCUGGGCCUUCUGCCUCAUACAGCGGACAAGCUUACAGCACAGAGAUAAGAAGCACCUCUGACGAGACAUAUGGAGGACUGUCCCCCAUCACUGAGGUGGACGAGGAUGCCAUCUCUUCUGACAAAUCUUCAGUCAGUGGCUCUGCAUCAAGGAGUGGCAGAGCAUCAAAAGGCUCAGAUGAAACUGAGGAAACAUCAGAUGGUGAUUCAGAGUCUGAAGGGAACUCCACAUCCUUCUAGGGAGAUAUUGACCCUGUGAAUCCGGGAGAAAGAAGCGGAUAAAACUUACGGUAGAUCGGGAGAAUGAGACCAGUUCCACCGGAGAGGAGAGUUCUACGGAGAGCCAGCGGAACAGACUCCCCAACAGUCACAGCAACAUUAACGGG